AGAAAAGACAAACGAAACUAACUGAACCUUUCUUUAUCUGAUAAAAGGUUGAAGUAAAAAUAUAGUACACUAGUCAUUCUUAGAUUAUCAGAAAAUGCACUCACUUCCUCUGUGGUUAGGUCUUUCUUUUGUCGCCUCUCUCGUUGAGGCUGCAACUGAAUAUCUUCACAAUGCCGACUUUGAGAAUACAAGUUUUAAUGGGAGUUGGGUUUGUGAGGAUUGUAUCAUGACGUCAUACUCAGCAGACGUUUACCAUGGGAGUAAAUCCAUCAAAGUUAUAAACAGACAAUAUAACUGGUCGUCACCCCAGGACAACGUACACGUCCCUCCCGGACACAACUAUGUCGCUAGGAUGUAUUUCAAACUGCUUGAUAUGCCACACAAUGUGACUACUGUAGAGGUUGAUCUAAUGGCUGCAGUCAACACUCAUGGGAAAAUUCACGGAAUAAAUGUCGCUGUACUUCCUUAUCAAGAACUGAGAUAUGGCUGGACAGAAAUAAGCGGCGAUUUCUUUGUACCUGCAGGUACAACCAGUGUGAAGUUAUUCCUUCAAGUAACCGAGCCUUCUGUUGACUACUUACUGGAUGACUGCAGUUUACAACAGCUUCCUCAUAUUCAACACUGGCAUUCUGAUGCUGUCAGUAGAAUAAGUAACAUCAGGAAGACGUCUGUGUCGCUCAGGUAUCAAUAA